AUGGCGGAGCGUGGCGGGGACGGGGGGGACGGCGAGCGCUUCAACCCGGGGGAGCUCAGGAUGGCUCAACAGCAGGCCUUGAGGUUUCGAGGCCCAGCUCCCCCGCCAAAUGCAGUGAUGCGAGGCCCACCGCCUCUCAUGCGACCUCCUCCACCUUUUGGUAUGAUGCGAGGCCCUCCGCCACCACCUCGGCCCCCCUUUGGACGUCCUCCUUUUGACCCAAAUAUGCCACCAAUGCCUCCUCCAGGAGGGAUCCCUCCACCUAUGGGCCCUCCGCACCUUCAGAGACCGCCUUUCAUGCCUCCACCCAUGGGAACCAUGCCUCCUCCUCCGGGUAUGAUGUUUCCACCAGGAAUGCCUCCUGUGACUGCCCCUGGCACUCCAGCACUGCCUCCAACUGAGGAGAUAUGGGUUGAAAAUAAAACGCCAGAUGGGAAGGUUUAUUAUUAUAAUGCUCGGACACGUGAAUCUGCCUGGAGCAAGCCAGAUGGAGUUAAGGUUAUUCAGCAGUCAGAACUGACACCUAUGCUUGCAGCCCAGGCCCAGGUUCAGGCCCAGGCCCAAGCGCAAGCACAGGCCCAGGCUCAGGCCCAGGCCCAGGCACAAGCACAGGCUCAGGCCCAGGCCCAGGCGCAAGUGCAAGCACAAGCAGUAGGAGCUUCCACCCCUACGACCAGUAGCCCAGCGCCUGCAGUAUCCACCUCAACAUCAUCAUCCACCCCAUCCUCUACCACUUCUACCACGACAACUGCCUCUUCGGUUUCGCAGACAGUAUCAACACCCACAACACAAGAUCAGACCCCAAGUUCUGCUGUUUCAGUUGCUACGCCUACAGUUAGUGUUUCAACUCCUGCUCCUACAGCCACACCUGUGCAAAAUGUUCCCCAGCCGCACCCCCAGACGUUACCUCCUGCUGUCCCUCAUUCAGUACCUCAGCCAGCAGCAGCGAUACCUGCUUUUCCACCAGUAAUGGUACCUCCGUUUCGUGUUCCCCUUCCUGGCAUGCCAAUUCCGCUCCCAGAGCACUUUCAGAAUUUCAUCUUGCAAGAAAGAAACCAAAAACUUUCAAGAAUUGAUGGUGUAGCAAUGAUGCAAAUAGUCAGCUGCCCGUAUGUAAAGACAGUCGCUACCACCAAGACCGGUGUGUUGCCAGGAAUGGCCCCUCCUAUUGUACCCAUGAUACAUCCCCAGGUUGCUAUUGCAGCUUCACCUGCUACCUUAGCUGGAGCAACAGCUAUUUCUGAGUGGACUGAAUAUAAAACAGCAGAUGGGAAGACAUAUUAUUAUAAUAAUAGAACAUUAGAAUCAACCUGGGAAAAACCCCAAGAACUGAAAGAAAAAGAAAAAUUAGAAGAGAAGAUUAAAGAGCCAAUUAAAGAACCUUCUGAAGAACCUUUGCCCAUGGAAACGGAGGAGGAGGAUCCUAAAGAAGAGCCAAUAAAAGAGAUCAAGGAGGAACCCAAAGAAGAAGAGAUGACCGAAGAAGAAAAGGCUGCCCAAAAGGCAAAGCCAGUAGCUACUACCCCUAUUCCUGGUACUCCAUGGUGUGUUGUUUGGACUGGUGAUGAGCGGGUCUUCUUCUAUAAUCCUACCACCCGUCUUUCUAUGUGGGACCGACCUGAUGAUCUCAUUGGAAGAGCGGAUGUUGACAAAAUUAUUCAGGAGCCCCCUCAUAAAAGAGGAAUGGAAGAAUUGAGGAAGCUAAGGCACCCAACCCCGACAAUGCUGUCCAUCCAAAAGUGGCAGUUCUCUAUGAGUGCAAUUAAAGAAGAACAAGAAUUAAUGGAAGAACUUAAUGAAGAUGAACCAGUUAAAGCCAAAAAAAGGAAGAGAGAUGAUAAUAAAGACAUUGAUUCAGACAAAGAAGCUGCAAUGGAAGCUGAAAUUAAAGCUGCCCGAGAAAGGGCCAUUGUCCCUCUGGAGUCCCGAAUGAAGCAGUUCAAGGACAUGCUGCUAGAAAGAGGGGUGUCUGCUUUUUCAACAUGGGAGAAGGAGUUGCACAAGAUAGUUUUUGAUCCUCGGUACUUACUUCUCAACCCUAAAGAACGAAAACAGGUUUUUGAUCAGUAUGUAAAGACCAGGGCGGAGGAAGAACGCAGGGAAAAGAAAAACAAAAUAAUGCAAGCCAAGGAAGAUUUCAAAAAAAUGAUGGAAGAAGCAAAAUUUAAUCCAAGAGCAACUUUUAGUGAAUUUGCAGCCAAGCAUGCUAAAGAUUCAAGAUUCAAAGCAAUUGAAAAGAUGAAAGAUCGAGAAGCCUUGUUUAAUGAAUUUGUGGCAGCUGCAAGAAAAAAAGAGAAAGAAGAUUCGAAGACGAGAGGGGAGAAGAUUAAAUCGGAUUUCUUUGAAUUAUUAUCUAAUCAUCACCUGGACAGUCAGUCUCGAUGGAGCAAAGUAAAAGACAAAGUAGAAAGUGAUCCACGUUACAAAGCAGUGGACAGUUCAUCAAUGAGAGAAGACCUUUUCAAACAGUAUAUUGAAAAAAUAGCCAAGAAUUUAGACUCAGAAAAAGAAAAGGAGCUUGAAAGGCAAGCCCGCAUUGAGGCUAGCCUUAGGGAACGCGAAAGAGAGGUCCAGAAGGCUCGGUCCGAACAAACGAAAGAAAUAGAUCGAGAGAGAGAGCAGCACAAACGGGAAGAAGCCAUCCAGAACUUCAAGGCUCUUCUGUCUGACAUGGUUCGUUCUUCAGAUGUGUCUUGGUCAGACACUCGGAGGACCCUCCGGAAAGAUCAUCGCUGGGAGUCUGGAUCCUUGUUGGAGAGAGAGGAGAAAGAGAAGCUUUUUAAUGAACACAUUGAAGCACUUACCAAAAAGAAGAGGGAGCACUUUAGGCAACUUCUGGAUGAAACUUCUGCAAUUACCUUAACAUCUACAUGGAAAGAAGUAAAAAAAAUCAUCAAGGAAGACCCUCGGUGCAUUAAGUUCUCCUCCAGUGACAGGAAAAAACAAAGAGAGUUUGAAGAAUACAUCAGAGACAAAUACAUCACUGCCAAAGCCGACUUCAGGACGCUUCUGAAAGAGACCAAAUUUAUAACAUAUAGAUCCAAAAAGCUAAUCCAGGAAUCUGAUCAGCACCUGAAAGACGUUGAAAAAAUUUUGCAGAACGACAAACGGUAUCUAGUACUAGACUGUGUGCCAGAGGAGAGGCGGAAGCUGAUCGUGGCAUAUGUGGAUGACCUGGACCGCCGGGGCCCUCCACCCCCUCCCACAGCGUCGGAGCCCACCAGACGAUCAACAAAAUAA